AUGCAUGAAGGGAAAGAAACAUUAUCAUUUGGAAACAUGGAUUCUGGAUUGGUUGUAAGUCGAAAAGAGCUGAUAGAAUGGGUAAAUAGCUUUCUAAAAUUAAAUAUUACAAAAAUUGAACAGUGCUCAAAUGGAGCAAUCUAUAUACAAUUACUAGACAUAUUAUUUCCAAAUAAGUCCGUUUUACAUAAAGCAAAAUGGAAUGCAAAAAUGGAAUAUGAAUGUAUAGUAAAUUAUAAGCUAAUACAAAGUGUUUUUAAUAAAUUAGGAAUAAAAAAACAUAUGGAUAUAGAUAAACUUAUAAAAGGAAAAUAUCAAGAUAACUUAGAAUUUUUACAAUGGUUUAAAGCAUUUUUUGAAAGGCUUGUUGAUUAUAAUAAUGAACAAAUAGCUAAUUAUGAUGCUAUGGAACGAAGGAAAAUAUCUAUAUUAGGAGAAAGAGGAGAUUAUAAGGUUUUAAAUAACUAUAUGCCAGAUUGGGCAAAAGUUGAUAUAAGUCUUAUAAAAGAUAAAACUAUUCCAAAUAACUCAAAAACAAAUACAGAUAUUAUACCUAUUACUUGGGAGAAUAACAAUACUACAAAUUUAAUUCCAAAUUCAAGGAGUUCAACAAAUAUUCAAUCUAAUACUAAUACAAAGAACAACCAAAUCAACAAUAAUAUUCAUUCUCAUAAUUAUCAUAGUAGAAGUUUAAGUCGAAAAGAUUUAAAAAAAAAUGAAAAGCAUAAUAAUUUAACAAAUACAACCAUUAAGUAUAAUAAUUCUCAUAUUUCUAAGGACAUAAAUUUACCAAAAAAAAAAUUAUCAACAAUUGUAAAUGAUACAAAUAAGACUAAUAAUAGAUUGUCCGCUCUUAACAAAUUAACUUCUCAAAGUUCCAUAUCUUCUUAUUAUAAUAAAAAUAGUAUUUCAGAAAAUUUAAAAGAUGUUUCUUUAAUUGAGCAAAAUAAAAAAUUAAAAAAUAUAUUAGAAAAUAAAAAUCAAGAAAUUAUAUUAUUACAAAAUAAAUUACAAGAAGAACAAUGUGAAAAAAAAAUUAUUCUUUUUGAAAAAAAAUUUUAUUAUAAUAAAUUAAGAUUUUUAGAAUUAUUAUGCCAUCAAUCAACCAAUGAUUCAAUACUCAUAAAUGAUAUACAUCAAAUAAUAUACGCACGAGAAGACACAUAUUUCCAUCAAACUGUUUCGAUACAAAACCACGAAAAUGACAAUGGAAGCAACAAUGGAGUUAUCCAAAAUAACAAUGAUUGUAUUGCGAAUUAUACAAUUGAAAAUGGCGAGCAAACCGCCAUCGGUUUGCCUACAGAAUGA